GUUCAGUGGUAUUCCCCCACCCCAGUGAACACUCUCUUUGGUCCCUGCGAAAUGGUAUGCUUAAGCAUUUAGUGAGAGUUAGAGUGAGAGCGAUAGCAAUAGCAAUAUCUUCUUCACCUAAAAUAUCUUCUCAACUUCCAAUUCCAUCCACUUUCACAUUCGCCUUCUCUCUGUCAUCUUCUACCAUGGCCGCCACCGAUGACUCCCUCCGCAAAUCCCUUGCCGACAAGCACGCCGCCGUCGAGGCUCAGGGCAACACCGUCCGCGCUCUCAAGGCCGCGGGCGCCCCCAAGACGGAAAUUGACGCUGCCAUCGAAGCCCUAAAUGCGCUCAAGCUGGAGAAAACGUCCAUCGAACGCUCCCUCAUCGGCGGUUCCGACACCCGCGAGGCGUUCAGGCAGGCUGUGGUGAACACCCUGGAGCGGCGUUUGUUCUACAUCCCGUCGUUCAAGAUCUACCGCGGUGUUGCCGGCCUCUUCGACUAUGGUCCUCCCGGCUGCGCCGUGAAAUCCAACGUCCUCUCAUUCUGGCGGCAGCACUUCGUUCUGGAAGAGAACAUGCUCGAGGUGGAUUGCCCAUGCGUCACUCCCGAAGUCGUUCUCAAAGCCUCGGGACACGUGGACAAGUUCACCGAUCUUAUGGUAAAGGACGAGAAGACCGGCACGUGCUACCGCGCCGAUCACUUGCUCAAAGAUUUCUGCAACGAGAAGCUUCAGCGUGAUCUCGCCUUGUCCUCUGACAAGGUUUCGGAGCUGAAGCAUGUGCUUGCCACGUUGGAUGAUCUCUCUGCAGAGGAGCUUGGCGCUAAGAUUAAGGAAUAUGAGAUUGUUGCUCCUGAGACUAAGAACGCGCUCUCUGCCCCUUACCCUUUCAAUUUGAUGUUUCAGACUUCCAUUGGCCCCUCUGGGUUGAGCCCUGGGUUCAUGAGACCUGAGACUGCGCAGGGAAUCUUCGUGAACUUCAAGGAUUUGUAUUAUUACAAUGGGAACAAACUGCCUUUUGCCGCGGCACAGAUUGGUCAGGCGUUUAGGAAUGAGAUAUCUCCACGGCAAGGGCUUCUCAGAGUUCGCGAAUUUACAUUGGCUGAGAUUGAGCACUUUGUUGACCCUCAAGACAAGUCUCAUCCUAAGUACGAUGAGGUUGCGGACUUGGAGUUCUUGAUGUUCCCAAGGGAGCAGCAAAUGUCUGGAGAGUCUGCCAAGAAGAUUCCUCUUCGUGAUGCUGUUUCCAAGGGAAUUGUCAAUAACGAGACUCUCGGUUAUUUCAUUGGGAGAGUGUAUCUUUUCUUGACUCGUCUUGGUAUAGACAAGGACCGAUUGAGGUUUAGGCAACAUCUUGCAAAUGAGAUGGCCCACUAUGCUGCUGACUGUUGGGAUGCGGAGAUUGAAUGCUCCUAUGGAUGGAUUGAGUGUGUUGGAAUUGCUGAUAGAUCUGCUUAUGAUUUGCGUGCUCACACGGAUAAAAGUGGUGUUCCACUAGUGGCUCAAGAAAAAUUUUCAGAACCUAAGGAAGUGGAGAAAUUGGUUAUAACUCCUGUGAAAAAAGAGUUGGGUCUGGCAUUCAAGGGAAACCAGAGGAUGGUGGUUGAAGCACUUGAGGCAAUGCCUGAGAAAGAAGCUUUGGAUAUGAAGGCUGCUCUGGAAUCAAAAGGGGAGGUGGAGUUUGAAGUGUGUACACUUGGGAAAAAUGUGACUAUUAAGAAGACUAUGGUGACCAUUCAAAAGGAAAUAAAGAAAGAACACCAGCGAGUUUUUACACCCUCUGUGAUUGAACCAUCAUUUGGGAUUGGACGGAUAAUUUAUUGCCUCUUUGAGCACACGUUCUACACAAGGCCAAGCAAAGCGGGUGAUGAGCAGUUAAAUGUAUUUCGCUUCCCUCCACUCGUAGCUCCAAUUAAGUGUACAGUUUUCCCACUGGUUCAGAAUCAGAAGUAUGAGGAGGUUGCUAAACUCAUUUCCAAGUCCUUAACUGCUGCUGGAAUUUCACAUAAGAUUGACACUACAGGUACAUCAAUUGGAAAACGAUAUGCAAGAACAGAUGAACUUGGCGUGCCAUUUGCUAUCACUGUAGAUUCAACAUCAUCAGUGACUAUUCGAGAGAGGGACAGCAAGGAUCAAGUACGUGUUGAUGUGGAAAAAGCUGCCAUUGUUGUUAAGGAGGUAACUGAAGGCCAUAGGACUUGGGAAGAUGUGUGGUCAACUUUACCUCAUCAUUCUUCUACAUCUGCAGAUGAUUGAAUUUUAAUAGUCGCCAUCUAGGUUGAGAUAUUAUAGUUUUCUGUUACCAAAUUUUGUGUUGUUUUUGAGCUGUGAAUCAAACCACAGGGAUAUUACUGAUUGUCAACUAGUAGAUACCCCUUUCUUUUGUUAAUUGUUUCUUGAACAUUUGCAAUUGUUUGUAGUCAAUAGAUAAAUUUUAUUUUGACAAAA